AUGGACAGGUUCAUGGCUGAGGUGUCUAACAGGGGAAUAGUUCCUAGCUCCUACCACAAUCAGUUCGAGCAGUUCUUACCCCAGAAGGUGUCGCGCAUGUGGCCCCGGCUGGGGCGACUCGAGAAGUUCAUUGCGGGCAUCACGUUCAUGUCCAUGUUGAAGGCUCUUUGCAUGGCGGGCAACAUUCUGGUUCAGAUCAGCCCAUACCAUCAGGUGCAGCGCUGGGAGGAGGAGCGCUGCACAGGUGAUGCCGAUGCAGCACCCUAUGUCUCGAUCGCUUUCGGUGGCUGGCAGUGGUGCUACUAUGGUCUCUUCGCAUUUGUCGUGACCAAAAGGAGCGGGUUCCUGAUACUGGUGCACUCGAACUGCCUCGGGGCAGUCUUGGGCACCUACUACUCCAUCACCUUCUAUCGAAACUGCAAGCAUGACCAUUCCUUGGGCGGCCUGUACCGAUACAUGAGCGCUGUCAUUAUGCUGGUGCUGUUUCAGCUUUGCUCCUUGGCCGUGCUUCCGAUCGAGCGGGCGUUGUUCCUCACAGGCUUGAUUUCUUCCUUCUGCAGCUUCAUUGGUGCCAUCUCCAUCUUGGUCAGCCUCCCCCUCGUCAUCCGGACGCGAGAUAGCAGCUCCAUUCCGGUCCCGCUCGUGACGGCAAACAUGAUUAGUUCUUUGGUAUGGUGCAUUUGCGGCUGGAUGCUGGAUGAUCCCCUCAUUGCGGCACCCAACAUCGUGGGAUUUAUCUCCUGUGGGAUCUGCCUCUUCUGCAAGCACCUGUAUCCAUCUGCGGAUGCGUGGUCCGUGAACAAGCGGCGCGACCCAGUCCGAGACACCCCACUGUCGCCCAGCUCCAUCAGCAACCGCCGCACCGCUCAGGCCCGUGCCGUCAAGUCGAUCUCGUACCAGUCCUGCGACACGGGUGGCACCUUCUGA